AAAAUAUAACCUUAAUGUGUGACAUUCGUGUUUAGAAUUGAUUAAAUAACGUUUUUAGUUUUUAAAGAACAGCAAAAAAUGGAAGUAGAUACCGAAUCGCCAUCCACAAGUUUCGUGAAAGAUAAUUCACGUAACCAAACGAAAUUGCCGAAACUACAUUUCAACAAAGAGGACAAAAACACCGGCAACUGGUUUGCAAAAAACAAGAAAAAAGCCGAAAAUGAGCUUGAUCCGAAACACAUUGUCCAAAUUAACAAACAUCUGGUACGUGUAGAAUACCCCGGAGAAGUGAAGAACGUGGACCGAGCGAUCGAAACUUUGGGAGGAAUACAUGAUAUAGAAGAAAGCGUAGCCGAACAUGGUCGUAAACUACAGCUUAAUUUUCAUAACAGAAAUAAGUACAAUAAAGGUUGUUUCGGUGAAAAAGAUUUUAAACCGGGAAUUUUGAUUAAAGUGAAAAAACCAGCACCAGUUGAAGCACAGAGCGAUAACGCUAGUCAAGAAAAUAUUAAGUAUGAAUAUGAUAUCGAGGGAGUGUCUGUGAUAAAUUUCACCUUUAAUCGACUCUGUGACUUUCAAUAUUUGCCACUGGUUGCCAAAUAUCCUGAAACAAAAUCAUCCACAACUGAGAACAUCUAUGAAAAGAUUCUACCCUCUCAUUUGCCCAAUAUUGACUGGCUGGAAACUGACGGUGCCAAGAAUAUGGAUCAGUUUUUGCUACCUGUGAACUUCUCACACCAUGACAGCGCCCAAACCAAGCAACAUGUAGACAACAGUGAUAAAAAUGAACCAAAAUUAAACUUGAAAGGGGGGACAAAUCCUGUCAAGUUAAAUCCAAAGCAACAGAAAAAUGUUUGCAGGAUAUUUCGCAAGGCGAGGCAGCAGAUAUCAAUUUUUGUAGCUUUUAAGGAUAAGGAGAUACCUACAAAGCCCCUGGAGAGCGCUGUUAGGAUGUUGAAACACCGGAAUUUGGAGAAUGGUGUCUCCAAGAUCAAACAGCUGUUUGAAGAGAGACCAAUCUGGACCAAAGCCGCCAUCCGCCACAUCACCGGUCUCACAGAUGAACAUUCCAGAAUAAUUCUCCCCAUUGUUGCCUACUAUUUCACCAACGGUCCGUGGAGAAUCACCUGGGUCAAGUACGGCUACGAUCCCCGAAAAGACCCAAAAGCCCGCAUUUACCAAACCCUGGAUUACAGAAUAAGAACCGCAGAAAGCAGCAAACUAAAGGUCAGCGCGAAGAGGAGCUACGCCAGCAAAACCUCGAUAUUUCUAGCCCCCAAUCAAACAAAGAAAGUCUCUCUUAAGUACGACAUGUCCGCCAGACCGAAGAUGGAACUGGACGAACGCUACUACGUUUUGAGACCUCUGACGCUACCACCAGCUAGGCAGAUGUUCUAUCAGUUUUGUGACUUGCUGAUUCCGGAAAUCCAAGAUAUGAUUUCUAGGUUACCGGAGAGUAGUGGAGGUUUUUGCCAUGCGAAAAACGGAUUUCUCCCGGAUAACUUUAUUGAGCACUGUCGGCGUAUUGUGAAUGAUCACGUGCUAGAAGCGGUUCAAAAAGAGUUGCUUGAGGAUAAGAAAAUACUACAAGAGAAGGUUUCAAAAGAGACUGAGAGCAAAGAUAGUGGGUCUCACUUAGACUACUAUAACCAAAUGUUGAGCAACAUUAAAAAAGGUAUAUACAGGAAUGUAGGUUUUCAGUAUAGUAAAAUACCGAGGGAAAUCGACCCUGAACAAGACAUAGAACUGAUCAGUCUGUCCAGUGACGAAGAAAACGACGAAUACACAGUCGGUGAAAUCAUCCAGAGCUCAAUGCCAGAGCGGUUAGAUGUUGCGGAAGAAGAAGAGGAACAACAAUCCGACGUCAGCGAAUCUUCAGACGAAGCGGAAAUCGACAUGGAUGCAGUACAAGAGAUCAACGAGAUGAUAUCCCACUUGGGUGACAAAUUAUACUAAACAUUGCAGUGCUAGAUUUUUUUAUUUUAUAAAAUUUUAAUUGAGCCUA